AUGGCGCUACGCAACAAAGCAAAAGUUACCAAGGUGGCUUUUGGGAGCUCCCAGGAGCGGAAGAUCUUUCCAACUCACAGUGCACCGAAUCGCAUGGGGAAUGAGAUGGUCACAUUUCACAGUUCACCCACGCCUGGCCCUGGCUGCUAUGACAACCAUGUGGUGGGUACGAUUGUUUAUAACCUCAAAAGAAGACCAGAGAGUAAGAAAGGCUAUGCUUUAGCAGCCCGCACUUCUCCUCGCUUCCUGCCCUCUUUUCAGACAGUCACUCCAUCACCCCAGAAAUACCAGCAGGACUGGAGUGUGUCAUCAAUGUGUGCUCCUGGAAAAACAUCAUUAAGCUCAACCGAACCGAGGUUUGUGACCAAACCUGUCACGGUCAGCACCAAUCCUGGACCUGGUGCAUACACACCCAAUUGCCCAAGUAAUCGGCGUGUAUCGUGGCCGAUGAAGUUUGGCUCACCAGACUGGACUCAAGUUCCCAUGCUGGAUAGAAGGGCACUUCGCACAGAGCUUCCAUGUGACAAGGACUUCAAGAACCAUCGCAACAGAGUAGCCUAUCUACACUUGUACUAUUCUUGAGGUUGCGGGAAUUCUGAUUUAGGAUUUAAUCACAUCUUUAAAUAAUAAUGAAAACAGCUGGUCAUUGUAUGCUGAGUUUUUGUCUAAACAUGGCUACAUGGAUUCCUUUUAAUGCACAAAGCAGGACAGAUCAUCUGAUGAGAAUUUCUUUAAAAAUUAAUUUUUAACAUGAAUCGUAUUUAGUGCUUCCAGAAAGUUCCAUAAAAAUAACAUUCAUCAUUUUAUGUGCUGUCAAAAAGCUGUUAAAUAAAUCAUCUUUUGUGAGAUUCAUUUAACACAGCAGCCCUCUGUUGCCAGACAAGUGAAUUGCUGUGUAAAUACUGGCAAGCCUUUCCUUUUCCUUCUCCAAGCAACCAUUAAAUUGCAAUUUUU